AAAAUACAUGACAGGGACAAACAAAAGUGCCUUUGCCAUUUGCUGACUAGAUGACAGAAAAAAAUAUGAAAUUCACUUUGUUGUAAACAAACCAAACUAACCAAAACAAACAUUCUAGAAUGGCGAGUUCAGAAAUUAUUGAAACAACAGAACAUGACGCAGACUUAGCAACUUCGUUAUCACACGAUGAGUUACUAGAAGUCACACAAUCAUCCCUAGCGACAUUAUUAAGCAAUGAUUCUCUUCUAAAAGAUCUUCCAAGCGACAUUUUAAUUGAAGAAGUUUUAUCGCAGAUUGCUGUUGAACAUGGCCAGUCAAUCACUAUUUUUGUAUCAAGAGAGACUGAACCAACCUUAAAAGUUAUUAUUCCACAGAAUGCUUCAGUCAGAGGUCUCAAAAAAGCAAUACAGAGGCAUUUCGAAUUGUAUCAAAAGAGGGCUGGUAUCAAGACUAAGAUAUCCUGGAAAUAUAUCUGGAAGACUUACAACCUGACAUUCGACAGCACGGUCUUAGAUGACGACAAUGCCCCCAUACAAAGCUACGGUGUCACUAACAAAGUUACAUUACAGUUCAAGAAAAGGAAAGGAAACAAAAAGAGAUAAUUUGUAAAAGCAUUUAUUUAUAUUCUGUAAUUAUAAUUAUAAGAUAUAAUAUUCAACUUAAAUUCCUUCAUUAUACAAAUAGCUACAUUUUUAUAUUUAAAUCAGAUUACUUAAAACAUAAUUUGUUAUAUUUUACUUUAA